GCAUGAAAGUGACCGUGUGCUUCGGGAAGACCCGAGUGGUCGUCCCGUGCGGGGAUGGGAAUAUGAAAGUGCACAGCCUCAUCGAGAAGGCGGCCAUGAGGUACAAGAAGGCGAUAGCGAAGGACGUCAGCUACUGGGUGCAGGUCCACAGGUUGGAACAUGGAGAUGGGGGCAUUUUGGACCUGGAUGAUAUGUUGUGUGAUGUAGUGGACGACAAAGACAGGCUCGUUGCUGUGUAUGAAGAACAGGAUCCUCAUAAUGGAGGUGAUGGUACCAGCGCCAGCUCUACUGGAACACAGAGUCCAGAGCCCUACAGUGACAUCAGUUCGGUAUCUGCCUUCCAGCCCUACCAGACCAACAGUGAGAUCGAGGUCACUCAGUCUGCCCUGCGAUCCAACAUGCCUCUCCACGUCCGUCCCAGCAGCGAUCCCUCCCUGACCGCUGAGGUCCCAGUCGGUCCAGACGAACCGUCCAGAAAGAACCCAAGUCGCUGGUCCACAACUGCUGGCUUCCAAAAGCACAACCACAGACCAAACACAAGCACUGGCACUGGCACUAGCACUGGCACUGGCAGUCUGGAACGAAAGGGCAGAGGAGCUCAUGCCUAUCGUAGUCUUCCACGGGAUGCGAGUGGCUGGUCCACUCAGUUCCAGAGAGAGAUGACUAGAUCCUCCCUGAGCGCCAACCAUCCAAUGGUCGACCAGUGGCUAGACAGACAGGACCAGGAGGAGGAGGAGGAAGAGGAGCAAAGGCAACAGGAAAGGAGGAUUGAGCGCAUAGAGCCAGUAGGGAGGGCUGACUCGUCAUUGGAGAGGUCACAUGGGAUAAGUCUAGAAGGCAUGCUCAAGCCGGUCGAGGUGUCCAAUGAGGGAGGGCCCCUGGGGAUCCACGUCGUGCCUUUCAGUACGCAGGAUGUCAGGACUCAGGGUUUGCUGGUGAAACGCCUGGAGCACGGAGGAAAAGCUGAGCAGGAACAUCUCUUCCAGGAGAACGACUGCAUCGUCAAGAUAAAUCAGGGAGACAUUCGCAACCUUCGCUUUGAACAUGCACAGAGCAUCUUCAAGCAGGCGAUGCGCUCCCCGCUCAUCCUCUUCCAUGUGGUUCCGGCAGUGUUGAAGAGGCAGUAUGAGCUGCUGUCAGCACAGAGCGCACUCAGUCAAUCCAGCAGAGUCUACUUUAGCCAAGUUUCUCAGAGGCCGGGCGAAAGGUCCAGUCUCGUCGGAGGGCCAGCGUCCAGACCAGGGCCACCACCUGGCAUUAACCACAACCACGCGGGCCCCCUGGCAGGAAGCACCCCUGAGCCAGGCCGACGGUACAGCGUCUCCAGGACCUUUUCAGCCCCCUCCCCCUCCCUGCAGCGCAGAAUAAGCACAAACACCGCCAACAGCUCAUACCUGAAGAACAAAGGCCACAGAUUCAACAUCCAGCUGAAGAAAGGUCCAGAGGGUCUGGGCUUCAGCAUCACAUCCAGAGACGUCCCCAUCGGCGGCACGGCUCCCAUUUACGUCAAAAACAUCCUUCCUCGCGGCGCUGCCAUCCAAGAUGGCCGACUGAAAGCUGGAGAUCGGCUGCUGGAGGUUAGCGGAGUGGAUCUUCAUGGUAAGACUCAGGAAGAGGUGGUGGCCCUGCUGCGAGCCACACCCAUGGGCGGGGCUGUGAACCUGCUGGUGACACGUCAGGAGGACUCCCAGCUGCCCAGAGAAGUGCAGCCAGAGGAAGACGACAUGGUGUUAACCCCUGACGGUUCGAGAGAGUUCAUGACCUUUGAGAUCCCACUGAGCGAUUCAGGCUCCGCAGGCCUCGGUGUCAGCGUCAAAGGCAAUCGCUCCAAGGAGAACCACGCCGACUUAGGCAUCUUUGUGAAGUCCAUCAUAAACGGAGGGGCUGCUAGCAAGGAUGGGCGUUUACAUGUCAAUGACCAGCUCAUUGCAGUCAACGCCGAGUCUUUGCUCGGGAAGACCAACCAGGAGGCCAUGGAGACGCUGCGGACAUCCAUGUCUGUCGAGGGCAACAAGCGAGGGAUGAUCCAGCUCAUCGUGGCUCGGCGGGUGGCCACAAACAAUGAGGAAGCCCCCGGCAGCCCUCCAGUUCUAGAACAAUCUAUGAACUCGCUACAGGACAACCACGAGCGCCGAAUCUCCCACUCACAGUACGAAACCAUCGAGGACUUUGACAACAUCUCAACAUCACGCACUAAUGUGAUGGGACGUAUUGGUAACUACCAGCUCUCUCCCACUGUGAACAUGCCACAGGACGACAUAGUGAUGAUCGAAGACGAUAGGCCGCCCCUACUGCCGGCCCUGCUCUCCGACCAAUCGUCCUCCAGCUCCCACGAUGAUAUGGGCUUUGUGGGAGAGAACCCGGUGUCCUGGAUCCACGAGCUGCCCAGUCAGAAUGAAUGCUCGCUCAGUCUGGACGCAGACGCUGACACUUCGUUCCAGAGGGAGGGCUUUGGCCGGCAGAGUAUGUCCGAAAAACGCAAACAGUAUGAAAAUGCGAAUGAGCUGGAGAUCAUGAAGACCCGCAAGUCGAAGAGCAUGGAUCUAGGCACUGCGGAACAAGAGGUCGGACCCGCGCUUGGCCUGAAAAAGUCCAGCUCCCUCGAAAGUCUCCAGACGGCUGUUGCUGAGUUGUCAAUGAAGAGCGAUAUCAACGUCAAUAGGCCGCGCUCUCGGAUCAUCAGGAGCCGCGGCUGCAACGAGAGCUUUCGAGCUGCAAUUGACAAAUCCUAUGAAAAUCCUGGUGUCCCGAGCACAGAAGAAGAGAACAGCAUGGAGACACUGGACGAGGACACAGAGGGAAGUUCCCGAUCUGGUCGCGAGUCGAUGUCCACCAGCGCCGACCUCAUCGUGGGUUCCGGGUUGAACGGCAGCCAAUCCAAAGAGGACAGACUGAAAGUUUGGGACACGGCUGAUGGGAAGGAGAAGAAGAAACCAGAGAGGGAUAAAGAGGAGAAAGACAAGGACAAGAUUAAAGCGAAGAAAGGGAUGCUGAAGGGCCUGGGUGAGAUGUUCAGGUUUGGAAAGCACCGGAAGGAUGAGCAACCAGGAGACAGGAUGGAGAGGAAGAGCUCCAGUAAAUCUAAAGCGGAGGACGUGCAGGCGUCGGAGGCUGAGACCCUGCGGAUGAGACUGGAACAGGAGAGAAUACAGGCAAAGACGCGAGAGUUCCGGGAGAAGCAGGCCAAAGAGAGGGAAUACGCCGAGAUCCAAGAUGUCGUCAGUCGCACCUUUAGCUCAGAUGAGGAUCCGACCUACGCUGGCAUCGGAUCAUUAGACUCGUCGGUAGACAGCAGCAGCAUGGACCCUUACAGUCACCCCUACCAUCUCCCUCAAAGUCCCCAGGGCCCGCAACUUCCCUUGAGCCCUCAGAACAACGGCCCACCCAUGGAAGCUGUCUAUGCCACAGUCAACAAACAUCGCAAUGGACGCCCUGCAGCUCCAGACAGCGGUCAGAUGGCUCCCAGUAACCAUGACCGGAUACAAAGGCUGAGGCACGAGUUCCAGCAGGCCAUACAUGAGGACCCCGAGGACCAUCAGCACACCUAUAGUAUCGACCCAUCUUUGGUGAGCAAUGGGACAGAGAUGCAGAGCGGACGCCAUUCUGUGACAGUGGAGACUCAGAAAGAGCAGCAAGAGGACAGAGACGGUUUCCAACAGGCGCAGAGACAGUACAGCUCCCUGCCGCGGCCGCCUCGUAAGACCCCCAGCACAGCGUCCCAGGACAUAUGGGACACGGUGUACCUGCCAGCUGAGAAAUCACCCACGUCCAACCCUCGCAACUCCGUUGGGCAGGGAUCCCAUAACGGCUACCUGGGAACGUCCAGCUUCAACGCCCGCGUCCUCCUGGAGACUCAGGAGCUGCUGAGGCAGGAGCAGCGACGCAGGGACCAGGAGGCCAGCAAGGCCAGGCCGCCUCCCACACAAGAACCGCUCGGCGGCAGCACCUAUGACCACAUCAGGGACCACGCUCAGACCCCUGGCUCUGCCCCGGUGCAGCCCCCACCUCAAUCCAAGGGGCCCUACAGACAGGACGUGCCCCCGUCGCCUUCUCAGAUCGCCAAACUCAGCCGGCUUCAUGGUUCGGAGAAAGGAAGGCAGUUCUACUCCUGAGCCAGUAACAGUACUUCAAGAUUAGGACUGAUUCUAGAACGCAUCAACAGGGAAAAACGCAAAGAGGGCAAUACAUGAUUUUUUUAUAUAUAUAUAAUGCUGAGACUUCCAUGGGAUUGUUGAUAAAUAAUGUUGAUAUUUAAAAAAAGAUGUUUUUUAUUCUAAGAAUCCUUUUUAGCUGUAUCCAAGGAGUUGAGAUGUUUUAUCCUCUACAAAGAUCAUAUAUGUGUAUAAGUGCCUUUUAACCCAUUGAUUGUUGAUUGUUCACCUUUUGUAGCCACAGACCACAUGUCUGGGCUCAUGAUCUGCAGCUCUGACUCAUCCAUCACACUCUCAAUAGAACAGCUGAGGGCAACUGGUUACAGAACCACAUCAUGACUCUGAACACAUGACGCAGUGGAAACCCUGCUGGUGUGAGUCAGGCUUCUUUCUGCUGUUCACUGGGACUCUGUCAGCCACCACUGUCCAUGUGGAGGGGGGUGUAGGUGCUGGCAGGAGUUGGGAGUGACACAGUGUGGAGGUUAGCACAGCUCGUGUGAACCGCCGACUCAGAGCUUGGGCUUCGGCCACGACCACUCAACCCCCCCCCCCCUCUGUUCGGAGAAA